AUGAAUUGCUUAUUGUCGAAGCUAGUAAAAAGGACUUUGGUAACUUCGUUACCACGUAAAUUCCUUAUUGGCAUUCCUGCUGCAGAAAAAGACAUGCAAGUUAAUAACCCAUUGCUCAUUGAACCGUUAGAAUAUGAAAGCCACACAUUGAGGAGACAUGACAAUGCCAAACGUCAAAGGCUGUACGAAUAUGGUAUAUACGUAGCAGCGUGCCUGCCUAAGUGGGUGCAGAAGGUUCAGCUGCAGCAAACAGAUGAGCUGGAGGUACUGAUAGCCCCUGAAGGUCUGUUCCAGGUCCUCAGUUUUAUGCGCCUCCACCAGAACGCUUGCUUUGCUCAAUGCUCUUCGGCAACUGCCAUAGAUGUACCCAGCAGACCAUUCAGAUUCGAAGUAGAAUACGACCUUCUUAGCUUUAGAUUUGGAGAACGAAUUCGUGUUAAGACCUACACAGACGAGUUGACACCUCUUCGUUCUGGCUCUGGGGUCUGGAAGUCCUGUCAGUGGUACGAACGAGAAAUAUACGACAUGUUUGGAGUUAUUUUCAGUCAUCAUCCGGAUUUGAGGAGGAUUCUCACAGACUAUGGAUUUGCUGGACAUCCAUUACGAAAGGACUUUCCUUUGAUCGGGUAUAUUGAAGUUCGUUAUGAUGAUGAACUGAAAAAAAUAGUUUAUGAACCAAUGGAAUAUCCUCAAGAAGCGCGGUCGUAUGAGUUGCAGACACCGUGGCAUUAUUUGAACAAAUUUCAUCCGGGAUAUGAUGAGCCUAAGCCUCCGCCUAAACCCCCUGCACCCGCUGCUGGCUCUUGUUAG